AAAAACAACAACAGUUCCCACGAAGAAGUGACCAGACAGAGGAACCGUCGAGUCUGGCCGGCCUUCUUUAACCAAGCUAAGAAAUGGCGGCGUCCGUGUGCCGAGUUGGGAGCACCGUGGGUCGUGCCCUCGCCAAAGCCCGCAGUCCCAUCCUGCUGUCUUUGAGGCGUGGACAAGCCUCAGUCAGCUAUGCUCAGAGUCUGUUGGGAGCUCCAGAGACUCAUCUCACUCCCCUGGACAAUGGUUUAAGGGUGGCAUCAGAAGAUACCGGACAUGCUACUUGCACGGUUGGACUCUGGAUCAGUGCUGGUAGUCGUUAUGAGAGUGAGAAAAACAAUGGAGCAGGCUUUUUCUUGGAGCACAUGGCUUUCAAGGGAACCAAGAAGCAUCCUCAAACGGCUCUGGAGCAGCAGGUGGAGUCUAUGGGAGCCCAUCUGAGUGCUUACACUUCACGGGAGCAUACUGCAUACUACAUGAAGACCCUUGCAAAGGAUCUACCUAAAGCGGUGGAGAUCCUGUCAGAGGUUGUGCAGAGCUGCUCCCUGAGCGAGGCAGAGAUUGAGCAGCAGAGGAGUGUGGUGCUGCGUGAACUGGACGAAGUUGAAGGCAACCUGCAGGACGUGUGCCUGGACCUGCUCCAUGCCACAGCCUACCAGGGCACCCCCCUGGGGCAAAGUGUUCUGGGGCCCUCCAGCAGUGCCAAGAGUCUGACUCGCCAGGACUUAGUCGAUUACAUCAACAGCCACUACAAGGCCCCUCGCAUGGUGCUGGCUGCUGCUGGAGGCGUGAAUCAUGAGGAGCUUGUUGGUUUGGCCAAGACUCACUUUAGCGGAGUGUCUUUUGAGUAUGAGGGAGAUGCCGUCCCUGUGUUGUCACCCUGCCGGUUUACUGGUAGUGAGAUCCGCAUGCGUGACGAUGGUUUGCCUCUGGCACACAUUGCCAUCGCUGUGGAGGGUGCUAGUGCAGCGAGCCCUGACAUUGUGCCUCUGAUGGUUGGGAACGCCAUCAUCGGCAGCUAUGAUCUUACCUAUGGCGGUGGAAAGCACCUGAGCAGUCGUCUGGCCCGUCUGGCAGUGGAGGACAACCUCUGUCACAGUUUCCAGGCCUUCCACUCAUCCUACAGCGACACUGGCCUACUGGGCAUAUACUUUGUGAGCGACAAGCAUCACAUCGAUGACAUGAUGCACUGGUCUCAGAAUGCCUGGAUGAAUCUGUGCACUACAGUCACAGAGAGCGAUGUGGUCAGAGGCCGAAAUGCUCUGAAGGCCAGCCUGGUUGGUCAGCUCAACGGAACAACACCAAUUUGUGAUGACAUUGGGAGACACGUCUUGAACUACGGGCGGCGUAUUCCUCUUGCAGAAUGGAAUGCUCGGAUUGAUGCUGUGACCCCUAGGAUGGUGCGUGACAUCUGCUCCAAAUAUAUCUAUGAUAAGUGUCCUGCUGUGGCAGCUGUUGGCCCCGUUGAGCAGUUACCUGACUACAACAGAAUGCGCAGUGCUAUGUACUGGCUCCGAUUUUAAGAUAAGUUGUGGUUUUGCUCCUCAUCAUCCUCCCUCUUGACCUCACUGUGCUGCCGUUCGUCAUCACUGCAACAGCAAAUGUCUAAGGACUACGCAAAUCAAUAUGUGACGACUCAGGUGGCUGUUCAUCCUCUUUUUCUGCCCAAUUCAUGGUUUUAUCGCUCUCUGUCAUUACUCCAAAUUGGCCAUGAGGGGGCGGUCAGCCACUCGGCUUGUUGAAAUAACACUCGUUACUUAUUGAUUGUUCUCCACGGGUAGUCAUUAUCUGAUACUGUCUUGUAAAAAGAAUUGAGAUGAGGGGGGAUUUAAAUACAAAAUGACGAUCCACAUGUCAAAAAUGAGCAAAUAUUAAAUAAAACCAAUAUGGAGCAAAAGUAUAUUUAUAAUUUCCGUAACAUUUGUUUCAGUCCACUAUUGUACAUAAAAGAAGCUGUCAUUCCAAUAAAAACAAAAUGAUAAAAAAA